GUAACGAUAAGUCUAUCUGCUGUAUCUCAUUUACGACCAGUUUUAUACGGUUCAUUUAGUUGCUAUAUUUUACACAGUUUUUUAUUAGGUUUACAAUUUAUAUUUCUAAAGAAUUCAUAAUGAUUUUCUUAAAAGGAAUUAGCAUCAAAAUGUAUUCAACAAAAAAGUUCUUUAUCACAAUGGCAGCUUAUUCUUCCAAGGUAUCACUCAAUGAAGUGGUAAUAGCAUCUGCAGUUAGGACUCCUAUAGGAUCCUUCAGAGGAAGUCUUGCUAGUUUAUCAGCUACGGAACUUGGUGCGGUCGCUGUAAAAGGUGCGAUUGAAAGAGCCGGCAUUCCCAAGGAAGAAAUAAAAGAGGUUUAUAUGGGGAAUGUGUGUGGUGCUAACUUAGGCCAAGCACCUGCUAGACAAGCUGUCAUAUUCGCUGGCCUUCCAAAAAGCACAAUAUGUACAACUGUCAACAAAGUUUGUGCUUCUGGAAUGAAGUCGAUAAUGCUGGCAGCACAAGGGCUACAAACAGGUGAUCAGGACGUAAUAUUAGCUGGAGGAAUGGAAUCUAUGUCAAAUGUACCAUUUUAUUUGAAGCGAGGUGAAACACCAUACGGUGGAGUGCAAUUAGUAGAUGGCAUAGUGUUUGAUGGCCUAACUGAUGUUUAUAACAAGUUUCAUAUGGGCAACUGUGCUGAAAACACUGCCAAGAAAUUAGACAUUUCAAGACAACAACAAGAUGAAUAUGCCCUAUCUAGCUAUAAACGAAGUGCUGCAGCUUAUGAGAUCAAAGCCUUCGCUGAUGAGCUUGUCCCCGUACCUGUUCCACAGAAAAGAGGUGCACCACCGAUCAUAUUUGCAGAGGAUGAAGAAUACAAAAGAGUCAAUUUUGAUAAAUUUACAAAAUUAGCAACCGUAUUCCAGAAAGAAAAUGGCACUGUAACAGCAGGGAAUGCAUCUACACUAAAUGAUGGGGCUGCAGCUUUGGUAUUGAUGACUGCUCAGGCUGCUCAGAGACUAAAUGUUACCCCUAUCGCUCGUGUUGUUGGAUUUGCUGAUGGAGAAUGUGACCCAAUCGAUUUUCCUAUUGCUCCUGCAGUAGCAAUUCCGAAAUUACUGAAAAAGACUGGUGUGAACAAAGAUGAUGUUGCUCUUUGGGAAAUCAAUGAAGCCUUUAGUGUUGUGGCAGUUGCUAACCAGAAACUUUUAGAUUUGGAUCCAUCAAAAGUUAAUGUACAUGGAGGUGCAGUUAGCCUUGGACACCCAAUUGGAAUGUCUGGUGCUCGAAUUGUAGUGCACUUGUGUCAUGCUUUGAAAAAAGGAGAAAAAGGUGUUGCCUCAAUUUGUAAUGGAGGUGGAGGUGCUUCCUCUGUUAUGAUUGAAAAAUUGUAAGUUAAUAACAGUCUAACAGUCACUCCCUAGAAGCACUUUGUAAUUAUUUUACUUGUGCCUUUUUAAAUGAUUUGCUGUAAACAGUUUUAUACAGUAUAAACUACAAUAAUAUAAUUACAUGAAUAGGAAGAAUAGCUUUAAGUAAAAAUGUAUUAUGACUUUGAUUAUGAAAUUUUAUACAGGUGCUGUAAAUGUAAAUAAAUAUAUGUAUUGUUAGGAAUGGAUUCUAUAAUAAAUCAAAGUUAUUUUGUUUGA